AUGUGGCGAGCAGGACUUUUAAGUAUUUUACCCAAAGUUUGGGAAUACAUUGAGAAGGUUGGUCGUGAUGUAGAAGAAAACAAGAAAGCUUGGGUCUACUUUAAAAAUAGUUGGGAGUCAUAUCUUGAACUACCGGGAUUAACAAAUGGAACCAUUGAACCAAAGUUUCCAGUGACAUAUAACAUACCUGAACGUGAUGCUUUUUAUAAAUCUGUCAGUUAUGCAGGUUGGGGCGGGUCCACUGGUCAUGAUGCACCAAUGAUUGCUUACGAUACUUUGAUGAUGGCAAAAGAUUCCUGGUUUCAAUUGUGUUCUUGUUCUAUGUUUCAUGGUGGAGAUAGUGACAGUACAGGAAUAUUGGCUGCAGCAUGGUGGGGUGGUAUGUAUGGUAUGAAAGGUGUACCCGUUGGAAAUUAUGGUAUCCUGGAAUAUGGUCAUUGGCUUAUGGAGCUUGGUAAAAAAUACUGA